AAAAAUACACAAGUAUAUAAAAGUAGUUUUUGGAAUAUUGAGAAAGUGUGAAGAUGUUCCGUUCGUAUGUGCGUGAAGCGGUUCGUUCGAGUCGUAGUUUUGCUCGGGUUUAUUCAAAGGAUGUGCGAUUCGGGGCGGAGGCGCGGGCCAAGAUGAUAAGGGGCGUGGAUGUGCUGACAGAUGCGGUGGCCGUGACCAUGGGACCCAAGGGACGCUGUGUCAUACUGGAGCGUCCCUGGACAUCGCCAAAGAUCACCAAGGAUGGCGUUUCGGUGGCGCGAGCAAUUGCUUUAAAGGAUCAGCAUAUGCAGCUGGGCGCCCGGCUCGUCCAGGAUGUGGCCGACAAUACGAAUCAAACGGCAGGCGAUGGCACCACAACGGCCACUGUGCUGGCCAGAUCCAUAGCCAAGGAGGGCUUUAAUCAGAUAACACGCGGCGCCAAUCCCAUUGAGAUACGACGUGGCGUCAUGAUGGCCGUGGAAAGUGUCAAGGAUACGCUGCGGGAAAUGUCACAGGCGGUGGAAAGCCGAGAGGAAAUCGAACAGGUGGCCACGAUCUCGGCGAAUGGCGAUGCUGAGAUCGGAAAACUUAUAGGCGAGGCAACCGAUCGCGUGGGACGGCGGGGAACCAUAACGGUUAAGGAGGGCAAACGACUCAAGGACGAACUGGAGAUUCUGCAGGGACUGCAGUUCGACAAGGGCUACAUCUCGCCCUUCUUCAUCAAUGUGUCCAAGGGCGCCAAGGUGGAGUUUACCAAUGCCUAUGUCUUGAUCACUCUGAAGAAAAUCAAAUCUCUCAAACAGAUUGUCAGCUCCCUAGAGAUUUCUCUACGCCAACGCCGUCCACUGCUCAUCAUUGCCGAUGACAUCGAUGGCGAGGCAUUAAAUGCCCUCGUUUUGAAUCGCCUCAAGCUUGGACUCCAGGUGUGCGCUGUGAAAGCUCCCGCUUUUGGCAAUUACCGCAAGCAGCUGCUGGGAGACAUUGCCGUUGCCACGGGAGCCACCGUUUUUGGGGAUGACAUCGACUAUGCCAAGAUCGAGCAGGCCAAGCUCGAGGACUUUGGUGAGGUAGGCGAGGCCGUCAUUAGCAAGGAUAGCACCAUGUUGCUGCAGGGCAAGUCCACGCCAGAGACGCUGGAGAGACGCAUCAAGGAGCUGCAGGAUGAGCUAGAGGAUCCGGCUACAAAACCGGAGCAGAAGGAUCGUUUGCGUCAGCGGAUUUCCACACUGACCAAUGGGGUGGCUGUCAUACACAUUGGUGGCACCAGCGAUGUGGAAGUGGGCGAGAAACGGGAUCGGGUCAAUGAUGCCCUCAAUGCGACCAGGGCUGCAAUUGAGGAGGGAAUUGUGCCUGGAGGCGGCACCGCUCUGCUGCGUUGCAUUCCCCAGCUGGAGGAUCUCGAGCCGGACAACGAGGAUCUGCAGGUGGGCAUCGAUAUAGUCGGCAAUGCACUGCGCAUUCCCUGCAUGACAAUUGCGCGAAAUGCGGGCGUCGAUGCGGCCAUGGUGGUGGCCAAGGUCAUGAAUGGCACCGAUGACUUUGGCUACGAUGCCAUGCGGGACGAGUACGGCAUGCUGAUCGACAAGGGCAUCAUUGAUCCCACCAAGGUGGUGCGCACCGCCCUUCAGGAUGCGGCGGGCGUGGCAUCCCUGCUUAGCACCACCGAGGUGGUCAUCACCGAGCUGCGGGACAAGGAUCCACUCGCUGCUCUCGCGGAUGGAGCUGGCGCUGGCGCCUUGGAGGAGGCUCUGGGCGGCAUGGACUUGGGUGGUAUGGGCGGCAUGGAAGCUCUAGCGGCAUUGGGUGGCAUGGGAGGCAUGGGCGACAUGGGAGGCAUGGGUGGCAUGGAAGGAAUGGACAUGGAUACGGGCAGCUCAGCUCAGGAAAUGAACGAGGCGGUCAAGAGUAUUCCCGGCAUGGAGGAUGUCGAGGUCCAUGACAUUGACAGCACUCAAUUUUAGCUAGUCCCCCCCGUUCCCCUCCCCUCCGCCUCCACUCUCUCUCCCCCCGCUUCUUUACGCUGUUUUGGUAAUGUUUGUGUUUUUCCACCCAACGCAUUUUCCUGUGUGCCAAAUUUUGUGUUUUUUAUUUUCUGAUGUAUAAUAAAGAAAAAUUGUUAAAGUGCUUUACUUUUUUACUGUAA